AUGUCGUUUCCGUACGCUCGUCUUGUCAUUCUAUCGUGCCUGCUCGCCUUCGUCCACGGAAAUGUGAUCGCCUCCAGCGAAUUCGGUCACAAAAGUUAGUUUGUCGGUGAAAUUUCGAAACGAAAGCGCCUAGCGUGCACGGUUUAUCACCAUUUUGGCGCGAAAUUCGAAAUUUAACCCCAUUUUUCAUGUUUUUCGUCAAAAAUUACCCAAAUUAUGCACGAUUUCGACGAUGUAAUUGCAUAACUUUGUUAAACUAAUCAUCGCGCACUUUUUGAGCUUAAAACGAGCAAGUUUCAUUCAGAAAUGAAUCGAUUGAAUCGAUUUUCAAGUUUUGUGCUGAAAAUGCGCGAAUUUCAGUCAUUCGCCGAUACUUUUUGCCCGUUUGAACGCUUAAAAUACUUGUAUUAACGUGCUUAAUCACUUCCGACACUCACUUCGUCUCAAAACUAUCCACAUCGGCCGGUAUGAAAAUUCCGAAAUUGCGGCGGCGAUUGGCCGCGGAGAGCCUAUUGCGAAAUAUGCCAAAAACGUCUCAAACGCGGCGUUUUCACGAAAAUUUCAAUGUUUUCUCUCUUUAAUGUGCUCUCUUCUUUCGUCGAUAUCAAACACAAAAAUAUCGGAAAAGUGUGCUGGAAUUGCGGCAAUUUUCAGAAAACGCGUCUCAGAUUAGGCCACGCCCCUUUCUACACUUUUGGUCGCCGUGAUAAACGUUGCUAACUGAGAAAAUUGAUCAGCGUGGAAAUGCAAUUUGGGACUGUUGUUUGAAUCUGUUUAGAAACGCAUACUUCGAACAUGAAAAAGAAAAAAUUAAUUAAAUUCACUACGAAAAAGGUGAGAACACAAUCGAUUUAUUAAAAAGAAAACGAAAAAACAGAAGGAAAACAAAAAUUUCUGCAGCAGCCUACGUGGCCGCGGACUAACUUUCUCUUCUCACAUCAUUCAAAUUUAGAGUCCCCCAGGUUUUCGCGGGCUCUUCUCAAUAGCGCGCCCGUUCUGUCCGGUGCCCCUAUAAUAGGGGAACGACGCGGAAUUUCAUGCUGAAUUUCUCGGAAACGAUUUUUUGCAGGGUGUCCAAAAGGAUGGCUUCAAUACGAGGAGCAUUGCUAUCUGAGACAACCGGAUCUGCUCAAUUUCCAAGAAGCCACCAGAAAUUGUGAACGACACGGCGCCGACCUGUUCAAUUCGGACGAUUCGUACGAGUUGGAGGCCAUCCGGUCCCUGUUUCCCGACUACUAUUUCACGUGGGUCCAGUCGGACGUCGAAGAAGAGUUGUGAGUCGGAAAAGUGCAAGCCAUUUUUUUCAAAACAAUACAAUUUUUGAAGAGUGUGGUUGUACGAGCCGUACGAGGAGGCAAUCAACGGAAAGUCGUCGGUGGCUCGGUGCAUUGCGUGCUAUUCCUCGCCCAACCGAUAUUAUAAUUUCUAUUAUCCGUGCACGUCGCGCUUCCACUCGAUUUGCGAGAAACCGCUCAAAUCGUUCCACCAAUGGGUCCAGUAG